AGUACAGAGUGGAGUGGAGGGGACGCAGUGAGGGCGCAGGGUGCCAAAGACACAGAGCCAGAACGCAAGAGGACAACACUGACUUUUAUUUCUAAAUAGGGAUGAUAAUAAUAGAAUAGAAAACGUUUCUCCUUUUUUUUUUAUAAAUGGAUAUUUAUUUUCUCUUUUUCCAAGCAGCACUGCGCCUCAUCGUAAUGCGCGCUGGAGCUUCUCCGGGACACAUCUGAAAAAACAAGGCAACGGGAGAGAAUAGAAAAGAGCUUUUGCUGUUAUAAAAACUGCUUUAAUAAACCAAAAUGUCUCUCUUUUAAUGGGGCACAUUUCUCCGGACGCCUUACGCUUUUUUUGAGACUUUUACGCAAUUUGGAGACUUUAUCUCCCGACUAAAAUGGUUGAUGGAAAUGGAAAUGUUGUCCAAUAACAGAAGAUAAUAAGGUUUAUAAUAUUUUUUACCCAAGUGCACUUGUUUUUCCGGCGAUGAUUGUGCUUUUGGUUGUCCUGUGCAUCACGGAUGGAGUGCUCGCUCAGAUACGCUACUCUGUGCCGGAGGAGGCGGACCAUGGCAUUUUGGUGGGGAAUAUUGCCGAGGACCUGGGACUGGACCUUACCAAACUGGCAUCCCGCCGCUUCCAGGUGGUGCCCAGCUCUCGGACACCGUACCUGGAAGUGAACCUAGAGAACGGCGUCCUGUUCGUUAACGAAAAGAUCGACCGGGAACAGAUCUGCAAGCAGAGCGCGAGCUGCCAGCUCAACAUGGAGGUGUUCUUGGAGAACCCGCUUGAGCUGUUUCGGGUCGAAAUUGAGGUGGUAGACAUUAACGACAACCCGCCCAGCUUCCCGGAGACAGACAUCACGGUGGAGAUCUCAGAAAGCGCCGUCCCGGGCACCCGGUUCCCUCUGGAGAGCGCAUUCGACCCGGACGUGGGCUCUAACGCUUUACGAACGUAUGAUAUCACCACUAACAACUACUUUUAUUUGGAUGUGCAGACCCAAACCGACGGAAACAAGUUCGCAGAGCUGGUCCUGGAAAAGCCUCUGGACCGGGAGCAGCAGGCAGCGCACAGGUACGUGCUGACCGCGGUGGACGGCGGCCAGCCUCCCCGAACUGGCACCGCGCUGCUGGUGGUUAAAGUGCUGGACUCUAAUGAUAACGUGCCGGUGUUUGACCAGCCCGUUUACACGGUGAGCCUCUCGGAGAACGCACCGGUGGGCAUGCUAGUUAUACAGCUGAACGCCACCGACAUGGAUGAAGGACUAAACGGGGAUAUAGUUUAUUCCUUCAGUAACCACAUAUCCAACCGCGUAAAGGACCUUUUCAGCAUAGACCCGCGCACCGGGCGCAUCGAGGUGCGCGGAGAGGUGGAUUUUGAGGAGAGCAGCUUGUAUCAGAUCUUUGUCCAGGCCAAGGACCUGGGACCAAACGCCGUGGCCGCGCACUGCAAAGUGCUGGUCAAAGUCACCGAUUUAAACGACAAUGCUCCGGAGAUCACCUUCAGCACUGUCACCGAGUCUGUGAGCGAAAAGGCGGCUCCGGGCACCGUCAUCGCGCUGCUCAGUGUGACGGACCUGGACGCAGAGGAAAACGGACAGAUCCACGUGGAGAUCAUCGGUGAUGUUCCGUUUAAAUUAAAAACAUCCUUCAGGAAUUAUUUCACUAUAGUGACUGACGGUCCGUUGAACCGGGAGCAGGCAGACUCUUACUCCAUUACUGUGGUGGCGCGGGAUAAAGGGACGCCCUCUCUUGCCACCAGUAAAUCCAUCCGAGUCCAGGUGUCAGAUGAGAACGACAACCUGCCGACCUUUACGCAGCCCAUAUAUGAUGUGUAUGUGACCGAGAAUAACGUGCCGGGGGCCUACAUCCACGCUGUGACGGCCCUGGACCCGGACAUCGGGCUGAACGCGCUCAUCAGCUACUCCAUAUUAGAGUGUGACAUCCAGGGCAUGUCAGUGAAAACGUAUGUGUCUAUCAAUGAGGAGACGGGCUAUCUGUAUGCGCUCAGGUCCUUCGAUUACGAGCAGCUGAAGGAUUUCACAUUCAUGGUGCAGGCCAAAGACGCAGGCACCCCGGAGCUGUCCACUAACUCCACAGUCAAAGUCAUCAUCGUGGACCAGAAUGACAAUGCCCCCCUGGUGCUGGCUCCCUUGGGGAAGAACGGCACAGCCAAAGAGCCUCUGCCGCGCACCGCUGAACCGGGCUACCUGGUGACCCGCAUUGUGGCCAUGGAUGCUGAUGACGGAGAGAAUGCCCGUUUAUCCUACAGCAUCCAGAGGGGGAACGAAAAUGGUAUGUUCCGGAUGGACUGGAGGACAGGUGAGCUCCGUACGGCUAGGCGGGUGUCUGCCAAGCGAGACCCCCACCAGCUGUACGACCUGCUGAUCGAGGUGCGGGACCACGGCCAGCCGCCGUUGUCCUCCAGCGCCAGCGUGCUGGUGAUGUUGGUGGACAGCGUGGCUGAAGGCCGCGGCGUAGGGAACAGGGGGGGCACAGCCAAGGCCAAAGAGGGGACCCUGGAUCUCACCCUCAUCCUCAUCAUCGCCCUGGGCUCCGUCUCUUUCAUAUUCCUGCUGGUCAUGAUCGUGCUGGCCGUGCGCUGCCAGAAGGAUAAAAAGCUCAACAUCUACAGUUGCCUGACCAGCGAGUGCUGCCUGGGAUGCAGCUCGUGCUGCUCCCGGCAGGCCCGGGCCCGCAAGAAAAAGCUCACCAAGUCAGAUAUCAUGCUGGUGCAAAGCGCCGGUAACGUCAGCGGGGCCGGUACGGCUCAAGUCCCCGUGGAGGAGUCAGGUAGCUUCGGCUCUCACCAUCAAAAUCAGAACUAUUGCUACCAGGUAUGUCUGACUCCAGAGUCUGCCAAAACCGACCUCAUGUUCCUAAAGCCGUGUAGUCCGUCUAGGAGCACCGACACCGAACACAACCCGUGCGGGGCCGUAGUGACAGGGUUUACAGACCAGCAACCCGACAUCAUAUCAAAUGGCAGCAUUUUAUCAAACGAGACCAAACACCAGCGAGCUGAACUCAGCUACCUGGUUGACAGGCCGAGACGCGUCAACAGUUCGGCCUUCCAGGAGGCAGACCUGGUCAGCUCCAAAGACAGCGGCCACGGAGACAGUGAGCAGGGGGACAGCGACCACGACGCCACCAACCGAGGACAUUCCUCCGGUAAGAAGCGCUCUGCUGCAGGCGCUGACCUCUUCUCUAACUGCACAGAGGAGUGUAAGGCCCUGGGCCACUCGGACCGCUGCUGGAUGCCGAGCUUCGGGCCCUCUGAUGGGCGCCAGGGCCCGGACUACCGCAGCAACCUGCACGUGCCCGGCAUGGACUCGGUCCCCGACACAGAGGUAUUUGAAAGCCCCGAGCUAACGGCUGAUCAAUCAUUCUCCACCUUUGGCAAAGAGACGCCUCUCAGUCACCAACACCUCCACCACCAUCUCCUCAAAAACCAUCACCACCAGCAGGGCUCCCUAGAGAGGAAAGAGUUUGUGCCCUAUAACCCGGCUUAUUUAACGCGGAAAAGGGUUUGCUAGCUCCUUUCGUGUGGACAUACCGGAGACCGCGUGACUUUGCACAAUCACUCCCCGAUGACUGAGGCUACAGUAAAAGUGUUCAACCCAUUUCGCCCUCCUCGCCCUCGACCCUCCUCACCCUGCAGCGAACAUUGAAAAUCACACUCGACUUCACACAAAAUGAGAAACCAACACCCUGCUGGAAUUCCUAAGAGCAAUGCCGGGCUUUGGAGCACCCUACUCCAGGGUUUAGGAGACGGUGGUCCAUGGGGAGGGGGAGAGGUGCUGAUAGCCUUACAUGGAGGAGCCUAAUGUCUCAGCGGGACUGAGAAACGGACAGAGGAGGAAGGACAGCGAUGGCGGAGAGAUAAAACUGGACUCUGAUCUCUCCGUCCUUUUCCAAUCUGCGUGUGCCUGUUUACAGCACUGAUGUAUACAUCUAUGAGGAAAAUAGAACCACUCCAAGAUGACAUGUGUACUGACAGACUAAUCAAAGGAGAGCCACUCAGAAAACCGCCACUGAGCCCUUUAGGCGUUUGUACUCAAAGAGUGACGCCAAAUUGUACAGGAGAAUCGUUGUGCAUUUCAAAAUGCAAUACCACUGUUUUAGAUUUUUCUAUUCUGUUCGUGUGGUCAGGUGUCUCUAUUCAGAUGUACUUCAAACUUUGUAAGAAAAGAUUGUGAGCAGUAUAUCUUUUGAUUUGUGUUUCUUUUUUCUGUCCUUUUCACUUUUUGGCUUUGUUUUUUCCUUCACAUUGUAGGCUUGGACAAAGUUCCUACACUUUUCUGAUUCUGAGGCGUCAAGUAGUUUCUAUCAUGUGUGAGAAGUGUUUACUGUACUCUUUUAAAGUUUCAAGCUGAAUAUAAAACUCUAUAUAUAAUUCUCUCUAUAUCUUCUUGUUCUGAAGGCGUGCUAUCCAUUUGCUGGGUUCCACAUUCUGGUUCAGGUCUGACUCUUCUUGUGUUUUACCGGAGGGGGGGGGGGGGGGGGGGGGGAGGUUGCAGAGACACAGAACAGCCUUAGCAGAUGUAAGCUCAAGUUCUCAUUGUUUGACUUGUUUCAUUUCUGUUUUCCACUUUGGGAUAUUGAUACAGAUCAUGUCUAUAAAUAAAAAUGAGGUAAUCAUUUAGAUUGAAAACCAUGGUAAUUUUGUGUCAUUGUAACCAAAACGUUAAGAGUCAAUUUAUAAAGAAACACAACAAAAACAGGGCCAGAUGCAAAAGUUAUUGUACACAAUUCAGUGGACUCGGGUAUACACACACUUUUUUCUCACAAAAACACCAAUAUGCCAACAAUAAACAGAAAAAUUGUGAAAAGGA